AUUGGUGCAGAAUGUCAUCAUGGUUCAUUCAUAUUAUUAUGGCUGUAGAUUUAACGUGGUGAAAUGUUUUUCUUUCAUUAUUUGUCAUUAUUGUUUUUCAAUUUCCAUACAAAUAUGGCCAUUAUUAUGUUCAGUUGACUCAGGUGAUUCAGGUGAUCUUGGUGAAUUUCCCAUACCAGGUGGAAGAAUCUCGUUUGAAAGAUUAACCGCAAUGCCUACUGUACAUGUAAAUCAAACACCAAUUGUGCGAUCAUUUAUACCGGAUGAUAAUGGACCAUUCACAAGACAAGGUGAUCCAGCGUUCGCUGAAUCUGUAUUCCGUCGUUCACAAGGCCAUUUUAAUCGUGAACGUAUACCGGAACGUGUUGUGCAUGCAAAAGGCUCUACAUAUUAUGGUGUAUUUCGUGUGACCAAUGCAAAAAUUGCCAAAUACACGAAAGCAUCAUUGUUCGACACGGUGGGCAAAGAGACAAGAUUUGCCGUGCGAUUCUCAACACAAUUAGGCGAACGAGGAUCGGCCGAUACACCAUUCGGUGAGAUUCGUGGCGUGGGCAUCAAAUUCUAUACGGAAGAUGGGAAUUAUGAUCUUCUCUUCAUCAACACGCCGGUAUUUUUCAUCAACGAUCCGCAAUUAUUUCCACACAUAAAUCAUGCACAAAAACGUGAUCCACGCACUGAUUUACGGGAUGCAAACAAUCUAUGGGAUUUCAUUUCACGUCGCCCUGAAACAUUGAAUGGCAUUACGUUUGUUUAUUCAGAUUAUGGUCAGCCGGAUGGUUUUCGUCACAUGCCAGCAUUCAGUGUGAAUACAUUUCGUUUUGUUAGUAAAGAUGGCAAACGUUUCUAUGUUCGUUAUACAAUGUUACCAUUGGCCGGUAUACGUAAUCUUAGGCUAUCGGAAUCCUUUCGAUUAGCAGGCGAAGAUCCUGAUUAUGCACGACGUGAUCUAUACGAAGCAGUUGAAAAUGGACAACGACCAUCAUGGGCGUUAUAUGUCCAAGUUAUAACGGCCCAAGAAAUCGAUAACAGUUUUACAUACAAUCCAUUUGACCCAACUAAAAUUUGGCCAAUUGAAAAUUUCCCAUUAGAAGAGAUUGGAAUCCUUACGCUUGAUCGUAAUGUUGAGAAUGCAUUUGCUGAAAAUGAACAGAUUGCAUUGAAUCCGGCUAGUCUGGUGCCUGGUAUUGAACCAUCACCUGAUCGUAUAUUGUUGGGACGUAUGUUUGCCUAUUUGGACACGCAAUUUUACAGAUUAGGAGCCAAUCAUCUGUUGAUACCAAUCAAUCGUGAUGGUCGAAAAAUCCUGAGUGAACGUGAUGGUUUCAUGCGCACAGAUGACAAUUAUGGUUCAUUGCCAAAUUAUUACCCGAAUCGAGAAUUCAAUGAACAACCAUGGCUUUAUGAUAUAACGGCACCGCCAUUUUCAUUUAGUUUUGUUGAUAUUGCCGUAAUGAAACCGGAUACUAUACAAUCCCAGUAUCAACAUGCACGUGAAACAUAUGAAUCAUUUUCACCAGAUGAACAGGAUCGUCUGCAUUUUUAUCUAGCAUUUGCAUUGAACAUGAUUACCAAACAAGACAUAUUGGAACGAAUGUUGGCACAUUUAGUGAACAUAAGUCCGCGGUAUGGUCAAGGUGUGCGACGUUCACUAAUGGAUCUAAAACAAGAACAAUCCACAUCACAAAGAGUAUCAUCAAUGUAUUAAUGUGAAAAUUAUCAUUGCCGAACACAUGUAAUUUCAACUUGUUCCCAAUGUUUACAAACACGUUGCUCUAAGCACAAAAUUUUGUUUUAUAAA